UCUCUCUCUCCAAAAAAAAAAAACUUUCUGGAUCCCUCUCUUCGCUUGGUCACAGAGAACUACGGAGUUUGGCAACUUAAUUUGGUGAAGCCAGCAAAUGGAAGUGGAAUCCUGUGUCCCACCAGGUUUUAGAUUCCACCCAACAGAGGAAGAGCUUGUGGGUUACUACCUAACAAGAAAAAUUUCUUCUCAGAGGAUUGAUAUAGAGAUUAUAGCUGACAUAGACCUCUAUAAAAUUGAGCCAUGGGAGCUCCAACAUAGAUGCAAAUUUGGUUACCAGGAGCAAAAUGAAUGGUAUUUCUUCAGUCAUAAGGACAGGAAGUAUCCAAGUGGAACUCGCACAAAUAGGGCCACUGCUUCUGGAUUCUGGAAAGCAACUGGAAGAGAUAAGGAAAUAGUUUCAAAGUCAAAAGUAAUUGGAAUGAGGAAGACUCUUGUGUUCUAUGAAGGCCGAGCACCAAAUGGUAGAAAGUCAGAUUGGAUCAUGCAUGAGUAUCGCCUUCAUUCAAGUGAUCAACUAGCGCCUAAUUCUCAGGAAGAAGGUUGGGUAGUAUGCCGAGCAUUCAAAAAACAAAGUCCAAUUCAUGAAAGACACUGCUUCAGCACUAACAAUCCAAGCUAUUUCCUCAGAGCUGAUCAAAACCAUUACGAAAUUGUUCAAAUGGAAACAAACGCAAGCUUUAGCUAUGAACCAUUGCAUGGAUUUGGAAUUGGAAAUGAAUCAAAGGAGUGCCACAAUGUCUUUGCGAUCCCACAGCUUGAGAACCCUGCAGGCUUCUCAUCUUCAAGUGAUUUGCUGGCUAAAGGUUCUCAUGCAACCAGCAACUCAAUUGACUGGAAGAUGGUGGAGAAGUUAUUGGCAUCGCAGUUUAGUGAAUCAGCUUCUUGUUCUAACUCGGAACACAUUAAUGGCUGCUACGAAUGACAAAAAAUCUGGAGAUAUUUAGGCUUCGUUUGAGACGGUUUCCUUACUACUUCCUAAAGCAGUAGUUUUUUAGUGCUAGAAAACUGCUUUAAAAAGCAUUAAGAAAGCCAUCCCAAACAACCUAAUUAAUGAUAGUUAACAUGCAGACACAUAAUGCGAUGGGAUUUUAUAUGAUAGUAUAUAGUUUUGUAUCAUUGCAAUAACUUUGACGUUGGAAAAAAUGAAGAAAAUGGAAGAUGUUGAAAAGCUAACUUUAUAUCUAUUAUUGUAAGGCUUUGUUUAAGAUUCUACAAUCUAUUUCUAUUAUGUAAUAACAAACAAGAGGUUGCUGACUUUGGA